UAGUUGUAUUAACAGUUCAAUUAUUGAUAAAUAACUUUCAGGAAUCUAUAAAAGAUUGUUUAAUAUGAUUAAGUAUAAAUUUCAUUGAUGAUGCUUUAUGUUCUUAUUAUAAAAAAGCUCAAUUUUUAUAAUUUCAGAUGUAGAGCGUCAUGGCAAUCAGCAUAAAAUUUACAAAAUUUGACAACACACCAUGGGGCUUUCGACUAGCUGGUGGCAGCGAUUUUCCGCAGCCACUUACCGUUAUCAGAGUUACGGAGGGAAGCCUGGCCGAAUGUAUGGGUUUAAAGGUCGGCGAUGUCGUAGCAAGAUUGAACGAUCAAUCGAUCAGCAGCUUGACUCAUGGACAAGCGCAUGAAGCACUAGUGCACGCUGGCAACAACUUUGUCUUAGGUGUGCAAAGGUAUAUUAUAAGUAAUAACGUGAGAGCGAGAGAGACCCUCGGCGCCCGGAACCCGCGAGCUCGCGCGCGGUCCAUUCGGCACAUAAUCCGAGCCUAUCGCGAACGGGAGAAAGUCUAUUUUCUUGAUCGCUGUGUUUGUUGCUGGCGCAGAGAGGAGGAGACACGAAAGGCCGCCGAGGCGAUAUCGGAAGAGAACAUCGUUCCAUAUAAAAUCGCCCUUGCAGACUUACCGCCGGUCUUCCCAGAACAGAUCUUAAAGGAGGAGACAGUGAUCGAGCGGUACGAAGAGGAAAAUAUCGUCGUCGAGCCGCCGUUGUCCGUCGAGGACAAGAUCAGGCAAGAGGAGGUGAAGCUCGUGGAGGAGAAACCGGUGAACGCCAACAGCGAGAUCGUGCCUAACAAAAAUCUCACAGAUGACGAGAUCGCUCAGCUGAUCCUCGAGGAGGAGGAGCUUUUAUCGGAUAAAGGAUUACUGGGAGUAAACUUCAAGAAAUUGAGACCGCGAGCCAAGAUCCUGAAAGACUCGAAGGUUCUGGAGGAGCUGCAGAACAUCGCGGUAGCCGAGCCUGAGCGGGUGCAAGAGUUGAAGCGCACUUCCACCUUUCUGCAAAAGCCGCAGCGACCGGUGCCAAAGUUGAAGAACGAGCCGAAGGACGAGGACGAGGGAGAAACUUAUAGGGUCGUGAUCAAGAAGCAGGACAAGAAGACGGUGAUCGCGCGUCUCGUAGAGAAGGGUCUGCUGCCGCCAGGAUCGGAGGCGACCGUCGCCAGGACACCGGAACCGCCGGUACCGUCCGAGGUAAAGAUGCAUGAAGGGGGAAUAGAAGAGAACCGUCCCCCUGCCGUGUCCGAAUCAAAUUCCUCGUGUUCAACCUGCUCUCUCGAUAACAGUCCAUUGUCGUCCCCACGUCCUUUGGAAUCCGAUUCGAACGAAUCUCUCACCUCUGCGGAUCAACUCGAGUGUCACGCGACAUAUAAAUGCAAAUCACAGCUCUUUCAUGUCAAGCCGAAUCAUUCUCGAAGAUACAGCGCCGCCGGCAGAUACGACGAAGUCGGAGCGAGAUCGCUUUUCAAAGGUCGCUACUUGGAGAACAUACUUUGCGGUUACACUCGUUCCUGCGUUCUUCGCGACCGACAAGUCGACGAGUUCGCGAACACUAAAUCAAGAAGCGUGUACUCCAGGAAGUGCGAUUGGCUAAAAAAUAUUGGUCUCGACGGUUUUUCUUCAAGUGGGACCAGAAGGAAGAGCAGAUGCGCGCGGGCGCACUAUGCGGAGAGAAUUCUGCUUCGUAAUGUCAACGCUGUUACCGGACACUUUCGCUCCAAGCCGAAGAGGCCUCGCGUUUUCGCUUCCAGAAUGAAGGGAAGAUACUUAGCGACGUAUCUGAGACUAAAGAGCAUCCGACUGAUGUCCCUGAUUGCGACAUUGUUCCAGUUUUUGUUGCAGAGACCAGGCGUCUCCGAGUCAUCGAACUUGUCAAAGAUUCACGAGCGACGCUUGAGUUUUAAGGGUCGCUACUUUGAACACGUUCUUACGAAGAAUGUCGCUCCUGUCCUCGAGUGCGUCAAGGAGACAUACCUCGUCGAUGAUCAACCGAUGAUGAUCGAAGAGAAAAGGAACGGGCCAAAAUCUACGAGGACGAAGGGACGUUACGUAGAAAAGUGUCUUCAUCGGCAAAAUCUGCGUCUGAAAUCUGCGUUGACAAACCUUCUUGAUUACGCAAAGAAUAAUAUCUUCACCAUCACUACAUCGUCGAGAAUAAAACGCACCAUAAGAGGUCGAUACUUCGAGCGGAUGGUGCGCAGAAAUCUCAAGAUCUUCGAACUACUCGUGGAGUACGUUCGUUCCGGAAUCUCCGAAUGGCUCGAGGAAGGUUUAUCGUGCGCAUCGCAAAAUGAAUUUUCUGCCGUCAUUGCCAGCACUUCCAAUCACAUUGUCGGCGAUUCAGUUCCAAGUGAACAACAAAUUGAUGAAGAUGUCUCUGACUUAAAGAUUUCCGAGUGGCGCGAAAACGGCCCAUACUGCUCGCUGCAAGAGGAAUCGCCCCUUAUCAUCACUUCCGACAAUUCAGACUCGAACGAAGAAGUUGCUGAAAGUGAUCGCACUAUUUUCGAAUCGAAUAGAAAUCCGAAUGAAGAAGCUGAUAAGUGUAUCGAAUUGGCCAACCUUACAGAUAUGAUGGCAGAAGAGGAAGACACUCUUUCGAAGUUCUUGCAGUCGGCUGAGAAUUAUGUUUCUACCGAGGUCUUUCAUCGUGGUAGCAGACGAUUUUCAAAAUCGCGCAAAUCUAUCGAUUUCCUCUCUAAAGAAGAUGAGAACGCACUUUCGAAAUUCCUACAGUCGGCCGAGGAUUACGUUUCCACCGAGGUCUUCCAUCGCGGUAGCAGACGAUUCUCAAAAUCGCGUAAAUCUAUCGACAUCACUUCGAAAGAAGACGACAACGCCCUUUCGAAAUUCUUACAAUCGGCCGAGGAUUACGUUUCCACCGAGGUCUUUCAUCGCGGUAGCAGACGAUUCUCAAAAUCGCGUAAAUCUAUCGACAUCACUUCGAAAGACGAUGACAACGCCCUUUCGAAAUUCUUACAAUCGGCCGAGGAUUACGUUUCCAACGAGGUCUUCCAUCGCGGUAGCAGACGAUUCUCAAAAUCGCGUAAAUCUAUCGACAUCACUUCGAAAGAAGACGACAACGCCCUUUCGAAAUUCUUACAAUCGGCCGAGGAUUACGUUUCCACCGAGGUCUUUCAUCGCGGUAGCAGACGAUUCUCAAAAUCGCGUAAAUCUAUCGACAUCAUUUCAAAAGAAGACGACAACGCACUUUCGAAAUUCUUACAAUCGGCCGAGGAUUACGUUUCCACCGAGGUCUUCCAUCGCGGUAGCAGACGACUCUCAAAAUCGCGUAAAUCUAUCGACAUUACUUCGAAAGAAGAUGACAACGCACUUUCGAAAUUCUUACAAUCGACCGAGGAUUACGUUUCCGCUGAGGUCUUCCAUCGUGGCAGCAGGCGACUCUCAAGAUCACUCAAGCGAGAAGAGCGGGGAGAAGAGGAUGUUUUGUCGAGUGUUCUCCGCUCUACCGGUGACUACGUGUCCAGCGAGGUGUUCCAUCGCGGAAGCAGAAGACUAUCAAGGUCGUCCAGGAGGGAAUCCAUUUCUCUUGUGACUCCCGCAUUGUGGGGCGGUUUAAAGAGCAUAAACUUCAAUCUACCUUGGUUCUCGUUCGUCACCGAGAAGAACACAUUAUGCAGCGGGGACUGCGAGGAGAAGAUUAAUCCCGAAAUCGAGCGCGACAAUCGAAGGCUAUCGUUUGUGCCGACGAUUCUGUAUCAGGGUAUCACGAAUCACAUCGGCAUCGAUUUCACGAAGUUGGUGGUUUACGCCUUCGUACCUUGUACUUCGAUUGUCCUUCUGUACAUGUAUAACUAUGUAACCACAACGACUCCAGCUGCGACGCCAGAGCUUGCAUGCAAGGCAGAACAAGAGGGAAAGUCUGAUUCAAGUCCCGUAUCAAAGGCAGAAGGAGAAAAGAACGACGACGAGGUUGACGAGGACAAAGUGGGAGGAAGAUCAGAGUUCAAGGAGGAGAAUUAUCGUCCCGAAUCUUGCGAGGCAAGAUCAACGCAGGACGAGCAAACAGUAGCCGAGGAGGAGGGUUUGAGUGUCUCCAUGACGGAUCCGGCAGUGGCAAAAGCCAAUAACGAGAAGAUCAAGGAGCUGGUAACCACGGAGAUCAAUCUCGAGCAGCAAUUGGAGAACGUGCAGCGACAAUUAAUCGCUUUGAGGCAAUUACCGAGCGAGAUUGAGAAUCAUUUGAAGAUCGUGUCCGAGCAACUGUACAAGAUCAUGGAACUUAGUGGCGUGCAGCGGUCCCUUGGCAACGGAAACGGUAGUCGGCGCGGAUCGUCAGAAGAAAACAUCCCGCAGCGAAAGAAUGAGGAGGAACUGAAGGAGCAAGAAGAGGACGAGGAUACUGACGAGGAAUUUACGGAAACUUACGAUUACAUCGAGGAGAUUGCGUGUUUGGAGCGAAGGACGUCAUCGAGGUCAACACCGCAAGUGAUCGAGCCCAGUGAUGACGAGGGGGAAAUGGAGGAAGAGGAAGCAGAGACGAAAGAACUGGACGGUAUGAUUUCCGUGAAGAGCGCGGACGAGGAGGGAAAUAGAGUGAAGAAAUUCAUCGUCUCUUACGAAACCAAACUUUUGAAGUCGCCCAGUCCGGCACCAUCGCAAGGUAACUAUCAAUAUCAUUUUAUCUCGAAUUUUGAAAAAAAAAAAAAAGUAGAUAUAAAACAGUGUUGUAAAAUACGAUGCUACAUUAUAGGAAGUUUCGAACCAGAUCCUAAACUGUCACCAAAAGAUCAAGUUAUACAGGAACUGCAGUUUGAAUCCGGGCAAGAUAUAUCGUCAACUUGUUUGAACUUUCAGGAAAGAAUGCACAAGAGAGGCAAAAGACACUCGCAGGACCUGUGGCCCCAGGCUAAGCAGCUCGAACUUACGCAAGGACGUAGAUGGAGAUGCCCAAAUGAUUUUUUCAACGACGAAAUGAUAGCGGAAGUGUUAUCCUCCCAGGCGGAGGUCAUUCGCGGUAAAGCGUUGGGAGUGAACUUCAAGAAGUAUGAGAAGACAAACUUGCCGAACUAUGACUACCUGAUGAAUUCGAGUGUUUAUAAGAUGAUUCAUAAAAUGGAGCAAGAACCGAAAAGGGGUAUUCCCGCCAGACCCGCCAAAGUCAAUGCGGCGGAAGAUAUAAUCGAAAGAGUUAAAUCACCGGCGUUGAGUGUUGUAGACGACAGGAGUGCUCGAAGCGUCAGCCACUAAUGCAACAGCGACCAUAGAUCAGAAUGUAAUAUCAUAGUUCAUACGCGAGAAAUCUAUAUGUGUUUGAAGGACGUGUUAAAUCUAUAUAUCUGAAAAAUUCAAGGAAACCGCUAGAAAUUACUAGGAAUGCAAUUAUCUGGCAUGUUGAUCGCGUCUGGAGAACGUUAUCGUACUAUCAUCGAUACAAUAUGGUUGUAAUAAUUUGUAAGCACGUAUGCCUGUACGUAUGUUGGUAUUUAAAUCGCCUCGAGAAAGAUUUUCCCCGUCGGCACAUCGCGCGAAUUGAUAAAGAGACUAAGUAAAUUUACACGUUCGAAUUAAUUCGCAGCAGAUAUGUAAAUGCGCAAAAUUUCUAAAAUAUAAAUAUUUAAUUAAUUUACGCAAAUGCAACUACCUUGUUAUCACACUUUUUCAUAGUUGUAAAUUGUGAAAUCAAGAAAUCUUAAAAUAAUCAAAACAUUACGUUCCUCUCAA